AAUUCACAAAACCUUCACAGAGCCUCGGGGUGUUCGAGUCAUGGAUGGGCAGACAGCUAAAGAUGUUGCGCCUGCCGUGGUGGUGGUCGGCCGGCAUUUCACAGUUUGCCGUGCUGUCAAUUUCACCAUCACCACUACCGGCGGCUUGCUCUGCCUGAACGGCUAUUACGAGGUCAAGGACACCAACGGCGACGUGGUGUUCAAGGCGAAGGGUUUCAGAUGCUUCAGGGACCGCUGGCUCCUCCUCGACGCCGCCGGCACCCCUCUCCUCACCAUGAAACAAAAGGCAUAUACUUGGCACGCAAGAUGGAGAGUGUUCAGAGGAGAGAGCACCAGCCCGAACGAUUUGCUGUUCAGCGUGCGAAAGCCCAAGAUAUGUCAGUGGAAGGACAACUUUGAUGUGAUCUUGGCGACCGCCAACACCGACCAAGCUACCCCUUGUGAUUUUAAGAUAACUGGAAGGUGCAAGAGCUGCACCAUUUGCAUUGGCGAAUCCGAUGAAAUCAUAGCACAAAUGCAUCCCAAAAAUGCAUUUUUUGCAAGGGACAAACUGGAGGUGACAGUGACUCCGAACGUGGAUUACGUCUUCAUCCUGUCGUUGAUAAUUGUCCUUAGAGAGAUCAGGGCAAGUUGUCGUUGAUGAUUGUCCUUGAUUAAUGUCAAGUGCAUAUAUAUGAAUGCCCGUCUUAUACAGUAUGCUAUUGCUAUUGCCUAUUGGCUAUUGUAAAUGUUGCGUAUCUGC